AUGGCUAUGGUGGUGCUUGCAUCGUCACUCCAUCCGCCACCUCUUCCGUUACGAUUCCGUCCACCUCCAGAUCCGCCGCCAUGUCUGCCUUUUCCGAUGUCCUCGCUCUCCGCCAGACCACCUGAUCUGCCGCCGUUUUCUCCUUCUCUGGUGACUUUCGAAGCUCUCUUCCCGCCGGAACCACCAGAUCCUCCCGAUGCUUCAUGCCGUCUCUCUGUUCUUCUGGACGUUGACACACCAUUCACUUUGGUUCGUCUCUACUCUUCAAUCUCAGUUUGUUCUCAUGUAGAUUGGUAUGAGAUGAUUGUUGACUGGGUGUCUCCGAAUAUAUGGAUUAUGGUCUUGAAUUGCAAUGUUCCAGUGACCUUUGGUUCAUUUGGUUCUGAUGUUGUGCCAGCUCGUGGCUUUUCUGUCGCCUUCGUGCGAUUUCCCGCAGUAUGCGGUCUCUCUAUGUUUGAAAGGACACUCACUUGGCUUCUCCAGUUGAAUAUGAGUAUGGAGGGUUUUCAUUACCCCGUAGCUUUCCUUCGUGAGGCUGUUCGUCGUCCCAAUAUUUCUCCUUUAUGGAGUGAAGUGGAUGUUCAAGCGUCGCUAGUAUGGCUGAUGCUCAUCUCUGCAUAUGUUGCAGUGUUUGUAACUUCUGAAGUUACACGUUUAUUUGGCUCUUAA